GCACAUACGAAUUUCAACCAUCAGAUGGUUCUCUUCUUAUGCAUGAAAUAACCCGACAGACGGGUGAGCAGAUUUUGCAGACUAAUUGAAGGUAUAAGCUUCGGCAAUCGGUUUAUAAACGGUGGAUGGAUAUACGGAUCCGAUUUCAUUAAGGAAGAGGCAAUCUGGCUCAGGAUUAUUUGCAGAAAGACGUGGACUUUCCACUUGUUUACACUUGCUGGCUAAAUGCUACAUUGCAUUUUAUUAAUUUGCCUUUUCGUUACUGAGUUGAGGUGUCUGAUCUUCUGUAAUACUGCAAUAUUUGUUACUCGUGGAAAUCAAUUAAACGUAGAAGUAGCCUUCUCCGUUGCACUGAUAAUUUUCAUAGGUUUUGAUGCGACCUGUUUUCCGUUGUCCUGGAUCGCGGCGCUGUUUACACACAGUUGGUCUUCUCCAAGGCGCGCUCUCUACCGCUGAUAUAAAAGCGAGUGGUUAAUUCAGUAUAAACAUACAGAGUUACUGUAUAUCGGUGUCAAUAAAAACCAGAUGGAGUUGAACUUUUUCCUGGCGAUACUUGCCGCGGUUUUCCGCCACAGCGAAGGCUACGCUAUCCUGAACUCGGUCUCUUGGGCUGUCUCUAACGACGUUGAGGGAGAACUGGAGGCUAACUCAAACGAAGAGGCGGCUCCGGCUCUCCUCGUAGAUGCAGGUAGUAUUUGGAAACAGGCUUUUCCGGCCUCGGUCUACGAUAAUGAUGCGGAAAAACCUCCCGAGCCGCUGCUGCAGACCAAAGACCUUAAGGAAGCAUCGGCGGCGCCCAGAAUGUUCUCGUAUCGGAUGGAUGGGAUGAAGCGGGCUGCAGGUGCUCCGCCCCCGCCGGAGGAAACAGCGAAAGCGGCUCGAUACAUGGCUCAUUACAGCGACUGGGGAUUCCUCGCCACCAUCUCCACAUUGGACACGAUUAAAGGUGUACCGUUUGGGAAGGUCUUCCCCGUCAGUGACGGUCCUUCCGACAACAGCACAGGGGUGCCCUACUUCUAUGUCAGCGAGAUGGACAACACUGUGACUGACCUGAGAAGCAACCCUUUAGCCUCCCUGACCUUCGCCGAUGUGCAGGGGAUCUGCAGGGAGAAGGGCCGGGACGUGGCUGACCCUCGGUGCGCCCGGCUAACACUGACGGGACAGGUGAUGGACGUGGGGAAAGAGGAGCUGGAGUUCGCCAAACAAGCCCUGUUCUCAAGACACCCGGGGAUGCGGGCGUGGCCAGGGGAACACCGCUGGCUCUUCCUGAAGCUGAGGCUGGGGAGCGUGUGGCUGCAGGACUGGAUGGGCCGGGUCUCGCUGGUCCCCCUGCAGGAAUACCUCACAGCCACGCCCCACUGACACUGACCGCCCGUCUCCCGGCUGCAGGGGACCGCGUCUGCUGUGGAGCCCCUGCCCCUGAAACAGACCCCCUGCUGUCUCUGAGUCUCUG